ACCAUCCCCGACGCCCACACUUCCGGACCGGAGCCUGUGGAGGCGGCUGGGGUCUCGGGAUGAAACCGUCUCCCGGUGCCGCCUGAGAUGAGGAUUCGGGACGACGUGCUCCCCCGGUGAAACGGCGACGCUCGUUGCGUUGCAUCAGACCCGCCCCGUUACGACCGGAUCGCGCGUGACUCGGCGGUGACUCGAGAGGGGAUCCGGGGCUUUGGCCGCGCUGUCUGUCUGCUGUCAACUGUUGCUUAUUCCCACUGUAAAUGAAUCUCAUAAGGUUUAUGAACAACCGCGUUCCUCCUAACAAGAGAUACCAGCCCACAGAGUACGAGCAUGCUGCCAACUGUGCCACGCAUGCGUUAUGGAUAAUCCCCAGCCUGCUGGGCAGCUCCUUGUUGCACUUCCAGUCGGAGGACCAAUGGGAGCGGCUGUCGGCCUGGGUGUACGGGGCGGGGCUCAGCUCGCUCUUCAUCAUCUCCACCCUCUUCCACACCGUGGCCUGGAAGAAGAGCCACCUGCGGUCUGUGGAGCACUGCUUCCACAUGUGUGACAGGAUGGUGAUCUAUUUCUUCAUCGCCGCCUCCUACGCCCCUUGGCUGAACCUGCGGGAGCUGGGUCCCUGGGGGUGUCACAUGCGCUGGCUGGUUUGGGUCAUGGCCUCUUUUGGUACCACCUACGUGUUCUUCUUCCACGAGAGGUACAAGAUCACAGAGUUGAUCUGCUACACGGUGAUGGGAGUUUUUCCCGCCCUCGUCAUCCUCUCAAUGCCGGAGCAGUCGGGGUUGUGUGAGCUGCUGGUGGGCGGAGCCUGCUACUGUCUGGGCAUCGUCUUUUUCAAAAGUGACGGCAUCGUGCCGUUCGCGCACGCCAUUUGGCACCUGUUUGUAGCCAUGGGAGCAUCCGUACACUACUACGCCAUCUGGAAGUACCUCUACGCCCAGCCGGCCAAUCAGAUCGAGACAUCCAGAUGACAUCAGGGCCGACCUCACAGGAAGUAACUCCCGCGUUUGAUGCCCGCCGUGUCCCCCAUUCACAGGCAGCUUCCUGCGGAGUUGGCCCAACCUCCUGCCCGAAUAAACAGCGGAACAUCGCAGGGACAAAACUGACGGUGCAUUCGGCCGAUCCUCGUCAAACGCGCGAUCAGGAAUCCCACUGCUCUUCUUGGCGGGACCCUGAGUGGUCAGGGCGACACAGCCCAUCGCUCGGGGUACCGGCAGCCUGGUGCUCGAGCGCAGGCCGCGUCUCCCAAAGAAAGCCAGUGGGAUUCAUAAUAAGGCCCGAGGUCGUACUUAUGCACGUACUGACGAGGCUCGUACUGACAUGCAAAUGGUAACGACGUGUCCUAAUUAGCACACAAAACACAAAGUACAGCGGAGGCGGACGCGAUCGCAGUCGGUUUUGCAUUCGAUUUUCAAUUUUCGAAGUUCAUCUUGAGGGAGAAGAGGUUCGGGGGAUUACGGAAGUCAUUAAGAAGCAUCUUCUGGUGACUGUGAAUGUCUGUACAACAUUUGGUAAAAAAAAAGUCAAAGCAUCUGAACGCACCACCGUAGGCCACUGCGCUGGAAACUGGAAAUAAUUUUCCAGUUUCUUCGACCCCCGAUGAGGCGGCCUGUGAAUCGAGACACGGCAACACGUUUUAUUUGUCUUUGCAGCCUUCCGGUUAAGUUCAACCUCAAGCUAGUUCGUGCAGGAACUUUGGUUCCAUUACAAAGAUGAGGAGAUGUAAUGUAUUAAACGUUCUCUCUCGGUGGUGCACAUCUGGAUUCAGUGUUCGGACGCUGAAUUAGAGGCAUUGUCUUAUUGUCGAGAGGAGGACAAAGUUUCCAAUCAGCUGACUCGACUAUCAUAAUUUAUUUGAGGACAUCGUUUGACGGUUUUGCUUUGAUCAUAUCCAGGAAGUUGCAACAUGAGUAGUAUUGUCACUUCUUUUGUUACUACUUGUACUAUCUACAUUAUACUACACUUCAGUCAGUGAUUUACUGUGAUUUCCAAAUCAAGCAUGAUUGUAGAUUUUUUAUUUAUUUAUUGGAACAUACAGAUCUUCAUGAAGUUUUCUUUUGUGCCACGUACAUUUUUUCAGGAUCUACAGAUUUUGAAAAAGUUUACUGUUGUAGAUUGACGGUUUAGUGAAUAUGUCAUCGGUAGGAUUUAUACGCUAUAUAUUUAUUAACGGCGUACAGUGUAUGUUGACUCCAUCUCUACUUUUAUCUGAUGUACUUUACCUGUCGGCUAAUUAUCUUCACCAUCUUGAACUUAAUGAACGGGACCAUUUGAUGGAGUUUGUAAGCGCUACAUGGUUGAACCCAAGAAGGCAAAACUCAGCACUGCCAGAAGUCUUUACUGCCGUAACCUGAUAGCACACUACUACCAUAUACAACUCACACUUGAAAGGAAACUGAAGCUAUAGUAUUGUUGAACAAUCUGGCCCAAUAUUAAGGCAUCUCAGGUGUGUGCGUGUGUGUGUGUUUGUAUGCAUCCUAUACUAUCAGACUCCCAUGAACCCAAAGCCUGUAAUCGGCUGAGUCUCUGUUUACGCGUGCAUGCAUGUACCUUGAACACAUAAAAAGUAUCAGUGGUGUUAAGCUGUAUGUGUAUAUGCACGCAGUGUUUUGGACGAGCUUGUGUCGUAGGAUCAAUGUGGCCCUAAAGGUCGCGGCGUCUAGUGUUCAUAGGUGUAAAAUAACUUCUUCAAAACUUCUGUUCCCAUUCAACAUGUUUUUCGCUGCUGUUUGUCCCUCAGGAUUUGGAUCAUUUGGCUCUGAGGCGCCUGUGAAGCCACAUUCAAGGUCCACUAAACCUGCUCAAGUUGCAACAAAAAGGCCCGAGUUGGGCAGACGUGUUUUCCGCAAGCUGCAUACACGGGUAGCAUUUAUUAAUGUGUACAAACACUGAGGAUAUUUCAGCAGCAGGAUGAGUUUGAAAUAAAGAACCUUACAAUCAUCCAUUGACCAAAGCUGACCAAUCCUCUAAAUUUGCUCCAAACUAUUUGCUCAAUUUCUGCGCGAUAAAUACUAAUUUGAUGUAUUUUCAUUCAAGUGAGUCCUGUAACUCUUGACAAAAAUGUGGUUUUCUGUUUUCUAAGUAGGUCUAAUUACUUAUUCUCUAAAUAGUUCAACUUUACAAAUAUUGUCAAAGAAUUAACAACAUAUCUGCACAUUUUAACAAAGGAGCAACUGUGCAGGAACCGACUCCUCAACAGGGCGACUUAAAUACACAAAAUGUCAUAAUGUUCAUUGCUCAAUAUUACUAAAGGUUUUCCUUUGUUUCAAUUUACCAACCAGCAUAUGAAUGCAUCAUUAAACUGUAGCGUCUUAACAAAUAUAUCCAGAGAAAAAAUAAACUAGAAGUAACACAAAUCUUUGUUAUUCUCAUUGUUCCCUUAGUCAUUCAUUCAUUACAGGACACUUAAAGUCAAAGCAAAUGUAUUCUGACGAUGGACUGAGAAUUACAUUUGUCACACUGUGGACAUCUUUAUGAAUGAAACUGAUAUAUAUUCCCAUUUCAAGAGUACCUUAUUGUUCCGGAGUACUCUCGGGUGUUAUAGCCGAUCGUUGGCAGUAUUAUACCAUAUAGUACAUAAAGUAUUUGAGGAUUUCACGUUUGUUUGUCUUGUCUAGAAUUGAAUACCUGUCUCAUUCGGACGUACAGUUGCCCACCUGACUUGGUAUGGAGUUAUGUAAACUCUCCAGGGAGCCUUCGUGGACCCUCUGUACAUUGUUUAUCGAUGCUCUGUGAUUGUGGAGCUGCUGACUCUGAUCUCAGAGCUGCUCAGCGUGUUUUUCUUUUGCGGUUGUACAAGAUUUAUUAUAUUAUCUGAUAUUCUUUCUCUCUCUAGUUUUCUGUAUGUGGGUAUUGGUGCUUUUGUGCUGUGAUAAGCCUAUUGAUGCCAAUUAUGCUUUUGUCUUUUCUAUUUCUCUUGUAAUAAAAAAAAGCUUUUCAUGCAGUAUA